UUCAACAUAUUUUGUGUUGCUAGACAGCGGUGUGAAGUGUGCUGCGAUUUUAUGCCUUGUAGCUCGUGAGAAAUGAUCAGAUCUUUGUGCUUUUUGUGAUCGACAACUACCUUGAGAAAUUACUGUUUGUAGGUGCCACGAUGACGGUUUACUUUGACCACCGUGUGCAAACUCCCACUGUGGGGGCUAAUGUUGACAUUGCUUGGCAUCCUACCCACCCGUAUUUGGCUGUAGCCACCAGGGGUGAAACAGGGGGUGGUUACGUUCAGCUUUACAAUGAAGAGGGAGAGCCCAUAGAGAACUCCAAUGUCCAGCGGUCAUGCUCACCAUCGGCCCUGUCCUGGAACCCCAGCAAGCCCUCUGUGGCUGUGGGCUGGGAGAAUGGGGAGGUCCACGUGUGGAGUGAGCAGCAUCGUGAGCUGUACGAAGCGCCCAAGGUGCACAAGGGAGAGGUCUGCCUAAUCGCCUGGAAUGAUGCCGGGAGCCGUGCAUUAACAGCAGACAGGAUGGGGUUAGUGGUCAUGUGGAAAUGUGACGGGCGAGGGCGCUUUGGUUCGACACCUCUCUGCAAGGAAGAGUUGAAUCAGGUCACAACUCAGUGUGUGUUCCAGCCAGGCAUUGACACCGACAUUGCUGCUGAGACCUCGGCCCUCGCCCGAGCUGCUGUCAGUGGGGACCAGAGGGCGCUAGACAUGUUCACCUGGGACAAGAAUUCCCUCAAGCUCCCUGGAUCAAAUAAUGAUGGUCUGACCUGCUAUGUCGGUGGCACAGAAGGUAAAGGCUACCACAUUGACGAUAAAGGAACCUGCAGCCAGGUCCUAACUGCAGAUGGACCCAUCAAGAAGAUGCUAUUCAACAGGCAUCGGAACAUCCUGGUGGUGGUGACCCAGUCUCUCAUGCUGGCCCAGUACAGUCUGUCAUCUGAUGGCAAGACAACAGAAACUAUGAAGGUGAAGCUUAGUGGGAAAGUGACUGAGACAGAUUGUGAUAUGGUGUGGGCUGGCAAAGGCCUACUGGCAACGGCUAGCGGAGAAUGUGUCAUCAGAAUGUGGGACUUGGACAAAGAUGACAAUUACAUCUUGGGUCUUGACGCUCAGCAGGGCUUUGAGACGGGAGAAUGCAUAAACUGUGUUGCCUACUCCUCAAAGAAAGGAGUGCUGGUUGGCGGGACAGACAAAGGCCGUGUAGCUAUGUGGAAAUUUGCCCCAUCACAAGGCAUCAUGGCACGCAAACAGGAUGGCGAAACAAAAUGGAAACUACAGGCCCCUUCUGUCUUAGAAGGCAACAUUCUUCAGGCCAAGUGGGGUACUAGCAGGGACUACCUGGCACUGAACAGCAUCGGAACAGUGGUUGUACUGCAUGCCCUCCACAUGAAUGCGCACAUCAAAGAUCAGGUUGCUGCUGUACAGACAGGACCCAGUACCAUGACCCUGGACAUCCUAGGCUCUGGGGCACACCAUGAGGUCAAGACAGACAUACACAUCAAAGGCAUCUACACAACUAAGGAACACAUAGCCAUUUGGAAUGGUAAGAAGGUAGUCGUCUAUGAUAUCUCAUCCACCAUCAGGGCAGCUGGUACAUUUUCCACUGAGUCAAACCUUGUGUGCCUGUAUGAGCAGAAUGCAUACACCACCGAGCCAGGCAAGAUACAAGUCAGAACAUUCCAGGGCACAGUGAAGCAGCUGAUCCCUCUGAAUGAGACAGAGGGGGAACCAGCUACCAUGGAUAUCACUGGUCACUUCUUAGUGGUCACAACCACCACUGGCUUCGUCAAGGUCUUUGACGUGUCCAGAAGAGAAGCAAAGCCUCACUGUAGCCCCAUCAACUUGAGCGAGUCCGUAACCGGACUUGGCACCAUUACCAUGGGGAAAAUCAACAGCAAUGGCACCAAGGUGUGCGUGACAGCCAACAAGUCCAACGGAACACCCAACAGCAAGCUGUACGUAUGGGAUUGUGACCUGGGUACUGUGACCAUGUUUGACCUGGCUACUGGCCGGGGCGAUCAGGAAGACUACAGCAGUCAAGAUGAUGAAAUAAGCGAUGCUGAAAGGGGUCGUGCAGAAGCUGCCCACGACAUUGCGGGCCGCUACCCACUCGCCAUCCACUGGGAUCCCAGUGAGCCCAAGCUGCUUGUCUGUGAGGCCAAGCUGUCUGAGUCAAACGACAAACCUGUCACAAAGAAAUCUUCACUCCUAAUGACAAUGAAUGACUCCCCGCCUGAUGUAAUGAUUAUAUCACUGUUUAGCACCCUGGAGCAUGGCAUUGUUUUACAAGAUGGCUUUGGUUUGGCAUCGGCCUAUAGCCACCUGCUUGGAUUAAAAGUGCCAUACUACUUCUUCAUUAGGAAGGCUGGGGAGAAAACCACUGGCAUCUCCACUGUGUCACCAGGCUCCUUGGUGGCCAAGCAGGUCAUGAGAGACUUUGUCGGCCUGGAGGAAGGAGACAAGAAUGCCCAGGAGGCCAUGAUGAACUUCAGCUACUUCCUGACCAUUGGGAACAUGGAUGAGGCCUUCAAGGCCAUCAAGCUCAUCAAGAGCGAGACGGUGUGGGAGAACAUGGCCAAGAUGUGCGUGAAGACCAGGCGGCUGGACGUAGCCAAGGUGUGCCUGGGUAACAUGGGCCAUGCCAGGGGAGCGAGGGCGCUACGGCAACUAGAGAACGAACCGGAGCUGGACGCCAAGGUGGCCAUGUUGGCUGUACAGCUGGGCCAGCUGGAGGAUGCUGAAAGAUUGUACAAGAACUGCAGCAGACACGAUCUUCUCAAUGAAUUCUACCAGGCCAGUGGGCAGUGGGGAAAGGCUAUGGAGACAGCUGAACUGCAGGAUCGAAUCCACCUGCGCACUACUUACUACAACUAUGCUAAGCACCUUGAGGCAAAAGGUGACAUCAAUGGAGCCAUACCAAACUACGAGAAAUCUGAUACACACCGUUUUGAGGUUCCCCGAAUGCUCUUUGAUGAACCCCAGGCAUUGGAAGCCUACAUCAUGAAGAACAAAGACAAGUCUUUGCGGAGAUGGUGGGCCCAGUACAUGGAGAGCACUGGUGAGAUGGAGACGGCUCUUCAGUUCUAUGAGGCGGGCCAAGACUUUCUAUCUCUUGUCCGUGUCUACUGUUACUGUGGCAACCUGGAGAAGGCUGCUGAGAUAGCCAAUGACACUGGUGAUAAGGCAGCCUGCUACCAUCUAGCUAGGCAGUAUGAGAAUCAGAACAACAAAAAGGACAGCUCUGAAAGUAUAGACGAGGAAACCAAACUGGAUAACAUCAAGGAGGCCAUUCACUUCUUUACAAGGGCCCAGGCCUAUAGUCAGGCCAUUCGUCUGUGCAAGGAGAAUAACCUGGAGGACCAGUUGAUGAACCUAGCAUUGAUGAGUUCCAGUGAAGACAUGAUAGAAGCGGCACGUUACUAUGAGACAAACCCCAGCACCAUGGACAAGGCUGUCAUGCUGUUUCAUAAGGGCGGGCAUUUCUCCAAGGCCUUGGAGUUGGCCUUCAAGACCCAGCAGUUUGGCGCCCUCCAGCUUAUUGCUGAAGACCUGGAUGAGAGAACGGAUCCCAUUCUCCUGAACCGCUGUGCAGAGUUCUUCAAGGAGCAUGGGCAGUACGACAAGGCGGUAGACCUGAUGGUGGUUGCCAAGAAGUACACCGAGGCCUUAGACCUCUGUCAGUCUCAGAGUGUGCCCAUCACCGAACGCCUGGCAGAGAAGAUGACCCUGUCCAAGGACAACAAGAACAGUGAGAUGCGCCUCAAGCUGCUGGAGAAGGUGGCCGAUAUCUGCUUCUUGCAGGGAUCCUAUCACCUCGCCACCAAGAAGUACACCCAGGCUGGCAACAAGGUCAAGGCCAUGAGAGCACUGUUAAAAUCUGGCGACACAGAGAAGAUCAUCUUCUUUGCUGGCGUGUCCCGCCAGAAGGAGAUUUACGUCAUGGCGGCCAACUACCUGCAAUCCCUGGACUGGAGAAAGGAUCCAGAGAUCAUGAAGAAUAUCAUUGGGUUCUACACCAAGGGUAGAGCCCUGGACUCGCUAGCUGGUUUCUAUGAUGCCUGUGCUCAGGUUGAGAUUGACGAGUACCAGAACUAUGACAAGGCUUUAGGUGCGCUCAGCGAGGCCUACAAAUGUUUGAGCAAAGCCAAGAUGAAGAAUGCCUCUCUCCAAGAGGAGAAACUCGGCGCUCUCAAGAGCCGAAUCGGACUCAUCAAGAAGUUUGUCACUGCACGCAGAGUGUAUGAUGAAGAUCCUGAUGAGGCCAUGAGGCAGUGCCAAAUCCUGCUGGAGGAGCCAGAUUUGGAUAAUGCCGUCCGGAUUGGAGACGUGUUCGGCAUGAUGAUAGAGCACUAUGCUCGACAGGAAAACUUCAAGAAGGCUUAUGCUUUCAUGGAGGACAUGCGCGGCCGCAUUCCCACGGUCAACAUGGCGUAUUAUGUCAACAUGCGCACCAUUGAGGCUGUCCACCGAGCCUUGGAUAUCCCACUUGGGCGUGGCAUAGGGGCGGAGACUGCAGGAGGCCAGGGGGAGGAUGAUGAUGACGUGGAAGAGGAUGUGCAGGAAGACUUUCAGGAGGAUGAGGGUUUUUGUUGAAGAUGGAAUCUGCAGGAGAAACAGAAUUUAAAACUGACUUAGCCAAGAGUACUUUUCAGUUUUGGGGUGCAUGUUCAUGGCUCUCAGGCAUGAAGGUUUUUCUCAACAUGUGAAGCUUUUCGAAAUAGGUGUAACUCUUAAAAAUUGAUUUGGAGAUGUUUUCAUUAGUGAGAGGGUUAGAUGAUUUGAUCCUUAUGUGUCUUUCUUGAGGGCUGCCAUUUCACAUUUUGUCCAGUCAAAAUGUCAGGCCUUUGAGUGUUAUUGUAUUUCAAGUCACUCCAGUCAGUAAGUAGUUUGCAGCGAUGUUGAAUUUC